AUCCUGCGCAUAACUCUGCCCCGCUUUCUCCCCUUUUCCUCUGGUUGUUCUUCAGUCCUUCAUAUAUCGGUUGAUGUUCUACUGAAGCUCAUUUAUUCCCUCUUCAGCUUCUUCACAGCAGCUUCAAACAUGUCAGUGAAGGUUGCCGUAGUAACAGGAAGCAACAAGGGCAUCGGAUUGGCCAUCGUCCGAGCACUCUGCAAGCAGUUCCAGGGUGACGUUUACCUCACAUCCAGAGACGUUGGUCGUGGUGAGGAAGCCGUGAAGUCUUUGUCCUCUGAGGGACUCAGUCCAAAGUUUCAUCAGCUGGACAUCAAUGAUCUGAGCAGCAUCACAGCUGCAGCAGCUUUCUUCAAAGAGAAAUACGGAGGAGUCGACAUCCUCAUCAAUAACGCUGCGAUCGCAUUCAAAGUGGCAGAUCAGACUCCGUUUGCUGUCCAGGCCGAAGUGACCCUGAAGACAAACUUCUUCGCCACCAGAGACAUGUUGACUCACUUCCUGCCUCUCAUCAAAGCUGGAGGUCGUGUUGUGAACGUCUCCAGCUUCGUCGGUGUUCGUACUUUGAACAACUGCAGUCCGGCUCUGCAGCAGCGAUUUCGCAGUGAGGACAUAACAGAAGAAGAGCUGGUGGGACUGAUGCAGAGAUUCGUUGCCAAGACCAAGAAAGGAGAACACAAGGACGACGGCUGGCCAGAAACAGCGUAUGGAGUUUCGAAAACCGGCCUGACGACUUUGUCCAUGAUUCAGGCUCGUCGUCUGUCCAAGGAGCGACCAAAUGAUGGGAUCCUGCUGAACGCCUGCUGUCCAGGGUGGGUCCGCACCGAUAUGGCGGGUGACAAAGCCCCAAAGUCACCAGAUGAGGGCGCCAUCACUCCGGUGUAUCUGGCCCUGCUGCCUUCUAGAACCACAGAGCCUCACGGGAAGUUUGUUUCUGACAAAGAGGUUCAGACGUGGUGAAAAUAUUCAAGAAAAUUCGGCGUGCAACUGUCUACGUCUCAUCUUAAGCAGCUAAUUUCCACAAAACUUUAAUGCAAAGUAUUUCUUAACCCUAAAAAGUUAUGCAAUAUGACUACAGAACAAGCAAUGACAUAAUUCUCAACUAGUUUUUCUUCUGUCUUUUGGGGCUUCAGCACUUGCUUGUAUUAAAACCAAAAUAUUAUUUCAGGAUAUUGUACUAAUUUGUGACCAACAGGUGUGCGAUUGUGCAUCUGUCUGCUGAGUUAACAAAAUUAAUCACACUAACUGCUGUUUUCAUGAGAUGAUUUGUUGUCAGUUUGUAUGUUACAUGGAAAAACAUAACUUUGCCUUAACCAGAAUGCAUUUUUUACUACAGUAAGAAACUUUAACAUUGAGAUGCUACGAUUUCAUGUCAGAGCAUUAAGUGAACUUUAAGUCAGAAGAACUUCCUUAAAAUGUGAAAGAACAAAUGCAGUUAAACACACUGCACUCCAAUGUAAAAUACUUUUGAUAACUCACUAAAUAAAAGUAUAAAUGCAGCUUGUAAA